GAUGAUGGAAUGGACCCCUUUCCAAAAAUACUAUUCUAUCAAGAAAAGCAGGCAGAAACUGGUGUCUGAAAGAGUCAAAUUUUGCUUUAAAUACAAAAAAAUAAAAAUAAAAAAUCUUAAUUUAUUAUAUAACUCAUAAGUUGCCAGCCAAGGCAUGACAUCAUUACCAUUCUUGCUCACCAAGUCUAUUGGUCUUCCCUUCUUCCAUGUGCCCACUAGUCUUUGGAUCUUCAUCUCAUAAAAUGAGUACAAAAUCAAGUCCCAGUGAUGAGCCAUAGCAAAUUUCAAUAUCCUCUUCAAGCAAAAAACAUGGAAGAGACCAAGAAAACACAAUUGGUUUUCGUUCCUAUUCCUGGAAUGGGCCACCUAAUACCCACACUGGAGAUGGCAAAGCUUUUAAUAUCUAGAGAAGAACAUCUCUUGAUUACGGUCCUCAUAAUCAAGCUGCCUUACGACACCAAGCUCAGUUCCUACAUCGAAUCAGUCUUGACAAACCAAAACUACAACUCUCAAAUGAAGUUCGUUGAACUCCCUCAGGACGAGUCCAUGUUACAGCUACUCACAAACGUUAACAGUUUCAUCACAUUUAUUUCAAGUCAUAAGCCUCAAGUAAAAAACUCCGUGACUGAAAUCCUGAAUUCAGGAUCGACUCGUCUUGGGGGCCUUGUUAUUGACAUGAUGUGCACUGCAAUGAUAGACGUAGCCAAUGAAUUUGGACUCCCGACUUAUGUUUUCUACACGUCUAGUGCUGCUAUGCUUGGUCUUCAACUCCAUUUGCAGUGUCUUAGGGCUGAUUUUGACCAAGAUGUGACAGAUUACAAGGAUGACCCUGAAGCAGAACUUUCUGUGGCAACGUAUAUCAAUCCAUUUCCGGCUAAAUGUUUGCCAUCUAUAGCAUUGGACAAGGAAGAUGGUUCCACAAUGUACCUUGAUCUUUCUAAAAGGCUUCGAGAAGCUAAAGCUAUUAUCAUAAACACUUUCUUGGAACUUGAAUCUCAUGCUGUCAAAUCUCUCUCUCUCGACGAGAAUAUCUCACUUGUAUACACGCCCGGACCCUUGCUAAACCUUUGUGUUAACAAUCAAGAUUCGUCUCAACAGGAAAUUUUGGACUGGUUGGAUGAUCAACCUGCUUCAUCAGUAGUGUUCCUCUGCUUUGGAAGCUUAGGAAGUUUCAAUGAGGAGCAAAUAAAGGAAAUUGCAUAUGCUUUGGAGAACAGUGGAUGUCGGUUCUUGUGGUCGCUAAAAAAGCCUUUGGCUAAAGAUGGAGUUUUUCCAGUUGACUAUGAAAACUCGGAAGAUGUUUUGCCUGACGGGUUCUUAAAAAGAACGAAAGAAACCGGAAAGGUGAUAGGAUGGGCACCCCAGGUGGCAAUAUUGUCUCAUGGUGCUGUAGGCGGCUUUGUGUCACACUGUGGAUGGAAUUCUACUUUAGAGAGUAUUUGGUUCGGAGUGCCACUGGCAACGUGGCCAAUAUAUUCGGAGCAGCAAGCAAAUGCAUUUCAAUUGGUAAAGGAUUUAGGGGUGGCAAUGGAGAUUAAGAUGGAUUAUAGGAAGGAUCUCAGAGGGAACAACUCGAAUGUUAUAGUAAAAACAGAGAUGAUAGAGAAAGCAAUAAGGCAGCUAAUGGAGCCUGAAAAUGAAAUAAGGGUGAAAGUGAAAGACAUGAAGGAGAAGAGCAGAUUGGCGCUAAAGGAAGGUGGCUCUUCAUAUACCUCCAUUGGACGUUUUAUCGAGCAGGUGAUGGACAAAACGGAGUAAUAAUCAGCAUCACAAAUAGAGUCUCUCGCAAAUUGCCACAUGACUAUUGGAUAGAGGAUUUUGUGCUUAUAAUAGCAAUUUUCUUGAGUAAAUAUCUCAUCACUCAACUAUGAAAAAUUAUGUAGCGAAGUAGCGAAGUCAUUGAACUUUGUUUUAUAUCAAUAAAGUCACUCAAUUUAGAGUUUUUCUCUUAUAAAA